AUUUUUAACCUUAUGUUAAGCAUCCGUUGAUCUGUCAGAAAAGUCUGGAAAAUAAUAUUGCAGUGUGUCUGGAAUACUGCAUUUAGUUUGCACUAGAUAAUUUGCUUAAAAGAAGCUUUAGAAGAAGUUAGAAAAUAAGUGAAGUGAAAUAUAAGGAUUUAAUUAUGGGGAUUUAUGUUGCAAUCAUGGAAGUCAAACAAUUGAUAGUAAUGGCCAUGUGCCAUACUGUGUGUAGGCCUACGGGUUUUAGAGGUGAAAUAUAAUUUGCAGCACAAAUGUUUUCAUCUUCUUGUCCUUAAUAGACUUAAAUGCAGGCUUUACAAUCUAAUGACAUUAACCCAAUUUUAAGUAUUAUUGCUCUCUAAUGGCAACCAAAUGCAGGAUUAUAGCAAGGAUAGUCAAAUGCAUGAAGACAGCUUGCUACAUCAGCACAUGAAUUUUAGGGGAAACCUUUGCCAAAAAUCCCUGGCCCUGACGAUGUCGACGUUGUUUGACGAGAUCAGCCAGCGCCUGGACUUUUCUAGCUGUGGGGAGGAAGGCAGCAGCAGUGACAACAGCUCCGAUGACUGCACCUUCAGGUUCCAAAGUCCUAGGCUUCAUAGUCCCAGGGUCCGUAGUCCCAGGGUCCGUAGUCCCAGGGUCCGCAGCCCAGGGCUCGGCAGUCCCAGGAUCGGCAGUCCCAGUUCUGCUUGCAGGACGCCAAAGGUGCAACGCCACCACAGCAGAAACAACACCUUAUGUUCCCCUUUGCAGUGCACCAGCCCCAUACCUUACGCUUCCUGGAGUAAACUGAGGCUGUGUGAAUCUCCCAGCACACCCAAAAGCUUAUUAUCUAAGUCGACCCAGCCAUGCUCCAGCACUAAGAAAUGUCGCCCUCCGAGGAGCCUGCGUUUUUCCUCAGCUGCUGCUAACCACAUCAAAGCACCUAUGGUCAAUGUUAAUCCUUUCACCCCUGACACAGUCCGCAGGAACAGCGAGCAGCAGUGGAGGAAAUGUCGUAGAAGUGAUGAUGAUGACGAUUAUGGACGCAGGUUGAAACACAGCCUGACGUCAUCUGACGAGGAUGAUGAAGCCAUUCUCCCACCUAAGAGGCGAGCUGUCCAAGACUUGAUGCUGUCACGCUAUGAGAGUGAGUUCCUGGAGCUGGAGAGCAUAGGUGUGGGCGAGUUUGGAGCAGUUUACAAGUGUGUGAAGAGGCUGGAUGGAUGUUUGUACGCCAUAAAACGCUCUCGCCGACCCCUGGCAGGCUCUGCUAAUGAGCAGCUGGCCCUAAAGGAAGUGUAUGCACAUGCUGUUCUUGGGCACCACCCACAUGUUGUUCGUUAUUAUUCAGCAUGGGCAGAAGAUUGUCACAUGAUUAUUCAGAAUGAAUACUGCGAUGGUGGAAGUCUCAGUGACGCCAUUGUGGCGAGGGAGGAUCAGGGUGAGCACUUCACAGAGGAUGAGUUGAAGGAUCUGCUCUUACAAGUGUCUAUGGGUCUGAAGUACAUCCACAGCUCAGGCCUCGUACACCUUGACAUCAAACCAAGUAAUAUAUUCAUUUCCCAGCGUCCCAGCACAAGUGGGUCGGGUGAAGGGGAGAGUGAGGAGGAAGGGGACCAAAGCACUUCAGCGGGAGUCGUCUACAAAAUUGGGGAUCUGGGUCAUGUAAACUCAACAAACAGUCCUCAAGUUGAGGAAGGGGACAGCCGCUUUCUGGCCAGUGAGGUCCUUCAUGAGGAUUACAGCCACCUGCCCAAAGCAGACAUCUUUGCUCUUGGCCUCACGAUUCUGCUGGCAGCCGGUGCUCCUCCACUCCCUCAAAAUGGAAUUGAGUGGCACAGCCUUAGAAAAGGACAGCUCCCAAAACUGCCAAAGGAGCUAUCAGCUCCCUUCAGAGGCUUACUUCAGUUGUUGCUGAAUCCAGACCUGACAAAGCGGCCAUCUGCCAGGGAGCUGUGCAAGCACCCAGUCCUGCGGGAUGAUAGGACGGGAAGGGUGGCCGCUCAGCUACGCCAAGAGCUCAAUGUAGAGAAGUUCAGGACAGCCAUGCUUGAAAAAGAGCUCCAGGAAGCUCGUCAGGCUGCCUUGUCGCCCAAGCAGAACCUCCCUCCGGGGCUGAACCCCGCUGCAAAGGUGGGGUCCCUACCCAGAGCACGGAGGCUUGUUGGUGGGAAGGCAUUACGAUCCAUGAGCUUUGGUUGCACACGCAAUUGAAUCUAAUGGAGAGCCCAUUUGCUGUCCCGAAAUGUGUCUUUUUCAGGCUGUUUUAAAAGGGAAGCAUGUCUCUAGGAGAAGGCAGGGUGACAAAUUCCCUAUACAUCAGAGACUUUAUUGAAAUGAAUAGACAUAAGUUGAUGGACAGUUUUAACUCUCAGAUGUGGAUAUCAUUGUUUUUUUAAGGACUAGUCUUACUGACAUGAACACAUAACAAAGUGAUUUUCUGGCAGUUGAAUUUUAAAUGGUGCAAUGUAUUUUCUUUUAAAACUGUAAAUAAACAUUUUAAUCUUA